AUGUAUAUAGCGAACACGAACGUUUCGGUGUCCGUGUUUGAUGAAGUGCAAGAGACGGAAGCCGCGCAUUUCCUGCUCAACCUUCUAGAGUCGCCCGACAAGCUAUUUGAUCAUAUACGAAAAGAGGCUGGCAGUGUCAUUCUCAAGAUCACCUACGGCUACACUACUGUCGCCAAUGGCAACGACCCUUUCGUUGAUCUGGCCGCCAAGACUAUGGAGCAGUUCUCCGAUGCUACAGUUCCUGGGAAGUGGUCGGUAGACAUCUUCCCAUUCUGUGAGUAUCGCUUCUUGAUGAUUCACGCAGCUUCUGAUAUCGGCUAG